AUGGGCAUGAGGGGAACAGUGAUUUUACUUCUAGCGCCAAUGAUUCUACUAACCUGGCAAGCUGCUUCACAAAACUCUUGUGACCCGGGAUGGUUUGGAUCCUUGUGUCAAUACAAAUGUCGAUGUAGACAGAAUAAAUGCGCUGCAAACGGUGUCUGUACAAAUAAUGCCUCGUGUGAAGGCGGUUGGUUCGGACCAGCAUGUCAGUACGCGGAUCUCGCCUUCAGAAGUUAUACAUCGGCAAGAUGGCAGUCCCAAGACGGAGAUGACAAGACAUGUUUAACAUCAUCUGACAGUGACAGCAUAACUGUCAAAUUAAACAAAACAUAUCACUUCAGCUGGCUCAGAGUCCGACUCAGCAAUCCCGAUCUCCUUUACAACGUGACAGUAUACUUCAGGAGGGACAACAGCUUGAACUGUACAAACAAAAGAACGUCUCGAGUAGACAACACAACAUUGGACAUUCACUGUGACCUCCACGCGAAGGUCAACGAAUUGACCCUUUCAGGGGCUGGCGUACCACAUCUGUGUUCUGUCUACAUCAGUGGAGGACGCAAUCUAGCUUUAAGACAAAACACUACGCAGUCAUCUCUCUAUGAACUAUUUGCUACAUCGGACAAGGCAGUGGAUGGCAACACAGAUAAAGCCUACACAAAGAAAAGUUGUUCACACACUGAGGGUGGUAAGGACUACCCCAACUUAAACCUGACUCUCUCGAGACCCCAGCACGUGACCAGAUACGUCAUAUACAACAGAUCCAAUCGACGUGAUCGACUGAAAGGAUUUGUACUGACAAGCUACAGUCAGUCGUUGACCCCAGUGUUUAACUACACGGACAGAAAAGCCAGCGCCCAGCUAGUUUACACGGUGAUAGCCGACAAUGUGACUGUACCCACCUAUCUGGUAAAUGUUGUAGCCACCGAUACAAGGGAGAAAAUUCUGACGCUGUGUGAGCUGGAAGUCUAUGGAGAGUCGGCGUGCCCGCCUGGACAGUACGGACGUGAGUGUGAGCACACCUGUAACUGUGCUGGGGAUCAGUCAUGCUUCGUGAGUACUGGAGGAUGUUCUUCUGGUUGUGCUGCCGGCUUCCAGGGAGAGGACUGCAUGACACGAUGUGACCCAGGCAGGUAUGGUCUAGGGUGUCAGUCGUCCUGUAGCCAGUUCUGUGUGAGAGACAAUGAUACCAGGACAGAUUUUUGUAAUAACACAAAUGGAGCAUGCCUCUAUGGAUGUCAGGAUGGUUACCAGGGCCCCACCUGUACUGAAGGUACGUCUUUAGCAUUUAACCACAUACAGAAUUAG